CGAGACGAUGAAAGCUGGAUUUGAUUCAUAAAUUCCCAAAACCAAACUGAUAAAACGCAGUUCACCCCAACAGAAAUUUCUUGAGAACCAAGCGGAACGGUAAAGUUAGAGACGACAAAGCUGGAAAAAAAAAAUAUUACAGACUCGCGUCGGAGAAAGAUAAAAGCAAUCCCACUCGGCUCUGCCUGGUUUCUCAGAAAAGUUUUCCAAGGUACGCAAGGCGCAGGGCCAAAGACGACGGUGGGCGUGGAAAGAACUCCUUGAGUGGGAGGCCGCAAAGCUUACUGAGAUUUUUGAAAGCCGUAAAAUAAAGAUGUUAAAAACUAUAACUACUCGCUCGGCCAACAUCCUGUUAAGGAGCUGCGGCAAAAUUCUCCACAAAACGUAGCUCGCACUCUCAAGCAGCUCCGGGACUUCCAGACCCCUCCCGGCAUGCUCUGCGCCGAACAUUAGCGAUGCCUAGCGCGCUUUGGCCGCUUCGGCCGCCGUCGGCUCUGAGUUGCUGUAGAAACCCAGCUGCCAUCACUAUGUCGUUGCAACAGGCCUCUCAGUCGCGGGUGUUCGUGGAACUGGUUCCCUGGGCUGACCGGGGCCGGGAGAACAAUCUCGUCUCGGGGGAAGAUACGCUGCCCGGUCUCCGCCGUCCAUUCUCCGCAGCACAGGCCCAAACAGUGUCUCGUGAGGUUCACGUAAGCGGCACCGCGGAGGUGGCUGCAAGUCCCGACCGGGCGCAGGUAGCAGUGCGCAUCAGCAGCACCAAGGAGGCGGCGGCCGAGGUCAAGAAGAGCGUUUGCCGCCGCCUGGACUACAUCACGCAGAGCCUCCAGCAGCAGGGUCUGCAGGCAGAAAAUGUAACUGUGACAAAGGAUUUUAGAAGAGUGGAAAAUGCUUAUCACAUGGAAGCAGAGGUCUGCAUUACAUUUACUGAAUUUGGAAAAAUGCAAACUAUUUGUAACUUUCUCGUUGAAAAGCUAGAUAGCUCUGUUGUCAUCAGCCAACCCCAGUUCUAUCAUACUCCAGGUUCCAUUGAGAAUCUUCGACGGCAAGCCUGUCUUGUUGCUGUUGAGAAUGCAUGGCGCAAAGCGCAAGAAGUCUGUAACCUUGUUGGCCAAACUCUAGGAAAACCUUUAUUAAUCAAAGAAGAAGAAACGAAAGAAUGGGAAGGACAAAUAGAUGAUCCCCAGUCAUCCAGACUCUCAAGUUCUUUAACUGUACAACAAAAAAUCAAAAGUGCAACAAUACAUGCUGCUUCAAAAGUCUUUAUAAACUUUGAAGUAAAGGGGAAAGAGAAGAAAAAAAAACAUCUCUGAAAUUCUAACCAAAAUAUAUUGUUUGUAUCUUUUUUGUCAGUUUUAUACUUGUUUACUAUAUGUAUAUAUACUGUAUAAUAUAUAAAAUGUUUCUCCCAAUCUGUCAGUCCUUGAAUAUAGUCCCACAGAAUACUUAUGUCUACUUUCUAUUUUUAAAAACUCACUAUGGGAAAUACUCUUUGGAAAUAAAUAUGGUAUGUGCACACUUGUAUACUUAA